AUGAUUGCAGCCGUCAACGGCGUCAGCUGGGAGGAAUGGUGGACCUACGACGGGAUCUCAGGUCCAGCUUUCUGGGGUCUCAUCAACCCAGAAUGGUCACUUUGCAACAAAGGAAGGCGUCAGUCCCCCGUAAACUUGGAACCAGAGAAGUUACUCUUCGAUCCGAAUCUACGGUUUUUACACAUAGAUAAGCAUAGGAUAAACGGAUUAAUAAGCAACACGGGCCACUCUGUAAUCUUCACGGUGGAGAACGAAACCCGGCACCACAUUAAUAUAACGGGCGGUCCCUUGUCCUAUAAGUAUCAGUUUCACGAGAUCCACAUACAUUAUGGCCUCCACGAUCAAUUCGGCUCGGAACAUGCGAUUAAUGGAUAUUCUUUUCCCGCUGAGAUUCAAAUAUUUGGUUUCAAUUCGCAGCUGUAUUCAAACUUUUCGGAGGCUUUACACAAGGCCCAGGGGAUUGUUUCGAUUUCUUUGCUCUUGCAGCUUGGUGAUUUGUCGAAUCCGGAACUAAGAGUAUUGACUGAAGAAUUAGAGAAUAUAAAAUAUGGAGGAGCGGAAAUGCCGGUAAAUAAAUUAUCAGUUAGAGGACUGCUUCCUGAUACAGAUUAUUACAUGACGUAUGACGGCUCCACGACAGCGCCCGCUUGCUACGAGACUGUCACUUGGGUUAUCAUCAACAAACCUAUUUAUAUUACUAAACAACAGUUGCACGGCUUGAGGCGUCUCAUGCAAGGUGACGCUAGACACCCGAAGGCACCUCUCGGGAACAACUUCCGACCUCCACAGCCUUUACACCAUCGCGCUGUGAGGACCAACAUUGACUUUGACUUGAGCAAGUAUCCCGGCAAGACAUGUCCCAGUAUGAACAGGAAUAUGCAUUAUAAAGCAAAAACGUGGACGCAGUAUUAA